AUGCAAGGCAUGUAUAAAGGUUUUACGUCUUGGCUUAGCAAAACAGCGCCCGAACAAGUUCAUGUUUGGUGCUAUAGCCACGUUUUAAACCUGGUAAUAUGUGACGCUACAAAAAACCCAGUUAAAGUAGCAACGUUCUUUUCUAUCAUUAAUUCAUGUGCCGUAUUUUUUAAAGAAUCAUACCAGCGUAUGAAUAAUUGGAAGUCAAUAAGUAAUAAUCAUCACGAUAAUAUUCGAAAUAAACGUCUUCAAAUCAUCGGAGAAACGAGAUGGACCGCAAAGCAAACAGCCCUUAACAGAAUUUUUGGUACUUAUGAUAAAUUUGACGAUGCUUUGUAUACAGAGUUGAUUAUUUGUCAAUCUAAAAUAUCUAAUAAUGAAGGUUUUAAGCCCGAUAUUCGAUCUAAAGCUAACUGUAUAUUGUCAUCAUUAUUGAAGUAUGAAAAUAUCCUCAUUGCACAUAUGUUUAUGAAAAUAUUUUCUAUAACAGGUCCCUUAUCAAGAUACUUGCAAACAAGUGGCUUAGAUUUAUUAAAAUGUCAACAAAUGGUCGAAGGCACUUUAAAACAAAUAGAAAAACUCCAACGAGAUAUGGAAAAUAUAAAAAUAACAUGUGAUAAGUUUAUAGAAAAGGCUCAACGAAUUAUUGAUUUAGAAAUUGAAAAUACUGAAGAUGAAAAAAAUAAGAAAGAUUUAGAAAUGUGUGAUAUUCAAGAUCAGUUUGAAAAUAAACGUAUUCAAAGAAAGAAAAGGAUGUCUACUUAUGAAACGGAAGAUGAACCAAUAAUUAAUGCUGCAAAAAAAUUUGAAGUUGAAGUUUAUAAUAAAGUAUUUGAUGCUAUUAUACGAAGUAUGACUUCAAGGUUUAUUAAAAAUAAUACAUUAUACUUUGAUCUAUCUCUAUUAUCGCCAAACAAUUUUGAAUCAUUCAAAAAUGGAAUGCCGAGUGGUGCAUUAUCUACAUUAUCUUUGAAACUUAAACCAUUUAUUGAAU